UUGACGAAAACAUUGAAAAGUUAGGCAUUUGUUGUGAAAGAGAUUUAACCGUAAAUUGAGAUCAAGAGAGACACGAGUGAUGGCCGAAGAAGUGCUCCUUAAGAGUGACCGCAUAUUAAGUAUAUAUCCAUCGGUUUGUGAGCGAUAUUAUGAUCACAAGUACUUCACCAACGGAUCCAAUGAUCAGACGGUUCUGUUUCAUUCAAACCGCGUAUGUGUGAUCACAUUGUCUGCCAAUCACUGUAUCAUAAAAGACAAGAAAACCAUUGAAAACAUUGACUUCAAUAUAAACUCCGAUUUGAAUCGAUUGGAUAACAAAGUGUCCGGAAAGUGGAAAAAGGGAGGACAGAGAGUGACUCCGGAGUCCAUAUUGUGUCGCAUUGAGUGCAAAGACAAUGAGGUCUUUGAUAUCAAGGCCUGUAUUAACGGAACGAUUGUUGAAAUGAAUACAAAAUUAGCACAAAAUCACGAUUUAGUCAAACAAAAGACAUGGUCCGACGGAUUCAUUGCUAUUAUUCUUCCAUUUCGUGGUAAACAAGAGUCCGAAAAGAACUCACUGUUGAGUCCAGAAGAAUAUAAAUCUCUUAAGCAAACCGAGGAUCAGAUUAUUAACACUUAA